AUGACUUGUCUCUCGUUUGUAAAAUAUCUGGAAUCGAAGAAUACUGAAUCAGAUCAAAAUAAGUUGCUACAAAAAUUUAAAAAUUUACGCAAAGAACCACAAAAACAAGUAGACUAUUUAACAAAUGCAAUAAAUGAUAUCGAAGAAAAUCUUAUUCGAAAUAAAGAAAGUUAUAAAAUACAAAUGCAGAAAAUCGAUCAACUAUUUCGAGCUAAUGUGAACGAUCUUAAUGAACAGAUAAAUCAAUUGAAAAAUGACCUUGAAAUUCAGUCACUUCAUUUGAAACAAAUUGAAAAGUGGUUAAAAGCAACACGGGGAUGGAUUUUAAUUCGAAAAUAUUUGUAUAAACAGAAAUAUCGUAAAUGGAAAAUGGAAUUGUUACGAACUCAUUAUCAUAUUGAAGAUGCACAUGAAGCAUUCAAUAAAACUGUAUUCGGUAAUGAAGCUAAUCAUCCAAUAUGGAAAGUAUGUACAAAUUCAUUAGCAACAGUACAAUAUCCUACUUCUAAUAACUGGAUAAAUGAACAAUCUUGGCUUCAUUAUAGAAAACAAAUUAUUGAAUCACAAUUAAGUACAAAAACUAAAGAUGAAAUAAAAUGCAUCCAACAUAGAUUACGUAGUCGUAAAAUUACUCAACAAAUACUCAAUCAUUAUUCUAAUAGAGAAUCUCAUGAAAAUAAUGAAGAUUAUGUUGAUGAAAUUAAUGAAUCAAAGCAACAAGAUGAAUUAACAAAUUAUGCUUACAGUAUAAAUCAUCCAUUACAUAUACAUGAGCAACAAUUGAUGAAUACAUUUAAUCAAAUAAAAACUGUGCAAUAUUUAAAUCUAAUUGAAUUAAAUGAAAAAGAGAAUGAUUUACAUUCAUUACUAACACACAUUAGGAAUCUGAAAUUUGAUCUUGAUAAUGAAUACACAAAAUAUACACAAAUGAGUUUCAAUGAAAUCGACAAGAAGAAACAACAGUUGAUCAACUUUUCAAAAGUACUAGAUGAAUUAGAAGAAGAAGAGGCUGUUGAAUUCAACAAUUUAAUUAGUAAAGCAAGAAAAACAAAUGAAACAAGGAUUGUACUUAAAAAGGAGUUGAAAUAUUUAAGAAUUAGUCAAAAUAUCAAUGCUAUGCAUCGUUUUGCUUAUUUUGAUUAUAGGUAUAAUUUACCUUUAUGCAAAUUAUAAAAGAAAGUUAUAUUUGUUCUAUAUAAUUGUGGUAUUUGUACUAACUGAUGAUUCAUUUGUACUUGAUUACGCGCUGAUUACAAAUUACAAAUAAUAAUACAUUCAUU